AUGGCCCACGGACAAAACUCAGAUAAUCUUAAGGGAACCUUACUAAUAACUGAAGGAACUAUAUACAAAUUGAUCUCGGAAAAGCAGGAGCCACACAGAAGCUACUUGAGCACCUUCUUGAUCCACGAUAACCACAACAACCACUACAGCCACGACAGUAUCGACAUCCCCGACAGUCACGACACUCAUGACAACCACGACAAACACGACAACCAAAGCAAAACGAUGCCCACGAUAUCCACGAUAGCCGACAACCACAUGAACCAUGACACCCACGACAACCACAACAGCCACGACACCCACGACAACCACAACAACCACGACACCCGAGACAAUGACAAUGACCAUGACAUAGACGAGAGUCAAGACAACCACAGCAACCACAGCGAACACCACAGCCAAAUACAAUAA